AAGCGGUUAAUGAGUCGGGCACUAUGCGGUGCGUUUCGGCGCCUUUAACCGCGCGGGCGCAAUUGGAGACUGCGUGCGAGGAUCUUCCCCUUCCUGGUUUUCCUCCGUUUCUGGAAAAACAGAAACAGAUAAACACGAACAAAUCGCUUCGUCCUCAACUAGUAAAUAAGUUUAGAAAUUUACACAGAUCCGCUUAGAAUUUAGAUAUAAGAAAUAGAUUCUCUCAUCUGGUACUUCGCUUUUAUUCGAGGAAAUUAGGGGGUAAUAUCUCAUGGAAGGAGUGGGGGCUGAUGCUGGCUCUGCUGUGGCGCCGUUUGCCAAGUGGAGAGACGAGUUUUCAAGGACAUUUCAGUACUAUUUGGACCGUUCGACCCCUAACCCUGUCUAUAGGUGGCUGGGGACUCUUGCUGUAGCAGCCAUCUAUGUGCUUCGAGUUUACUAUGUUCAAGGGUUUUACAUUGUGUCGUAUGGUCUGGGAAUCUAUAUCUUGAAUCUAUUGAUUGGGUUUCUCUCACCAAAGGUUGAUCCAGAGCUUGAAGCCUUGGAUGGGGCUUCACUGCCAACAAGAGGUUCAGAUGAGUUUAAGCCAUUCAUCCGCCGGCUACCCGAGUUCAAGUUCUGGUAUUCCAUUACAAAGGCUUUCUGUGUGGCAUUUCUGAUGACCUUCUUUUCCAUAUUUGAUGUCCCUGUUUUCUGGCCCAUUCUCCUCUGUUAUUGGAUUGUUCUUUUUGUUCUUACAAUGAAGCGCCAAAUUCUGCACAUGAUUAAGUACAAAUAUAUACCAUUCAGCAUUGGGAAGCAGAGGUAUACAGGGAAGAAGCCAGCUACAAGUAGUGGUGGUUCAGACUGAAACUUUGGUGGUACCAGCUUUUAGGAAAAGUGAACGAGAGAAGUGCAGUGUUCAAGUGUUUCUAGUUUUUCUGAACACUUUCCAUGUUAACACUCUGGAAAAUCCGUAGAUAUGUUGAAUUUUGCAUACAAUUAGGAUUUAAUGUGCAGUGGCAACUUAUCUUGCAUAAAUAUAUAUUCUCACUCUUCAUGAA